AUGGAGGACACGCGCGCAUCCUGGACCGAGGAGAAGGACUCCACAUGGAUGGUGGAGAUGAUCUACCAAUCCAAAGUACUCGGCAAGAGCUCCCAUAGUGGAUUCAAGAGAGAAGCCUGGUUGGCUGCGCUUGUCAAGCUCAACCGUGAACACAAGGUGAACUACUCCAUGCAGCAGCUCAAGGCUCGCCACGCAGAAAUGAAGAAACAGUACGCUCAAGCAGUCCAGAUCAUCAAGACAUCUGGAGUCAGCUUCGAGACCACCACGUCGCGCUUCAUCUGCCUUGAGGGAUCGUGGUCCCACUUUCUCCUAGGCAAACCAUCGAAAUGGGCCCUUUGGCAGACGAAACGGUUCCCCCAAUUCAAGCAUUGCCAAGAGCUCUACGACGGAACACUUGCGACUGGCGAGUUUGCCUUAUCAACUAUCGAACCGCCCACUCAACCCUCUGUUCAAGACAGCGAUCAAACGGAGCCGUGGAACGAGGGAUUUGAUUUGAAUGGAGACGACGACGAUUUACCGCAAGGCUUGCCCUUUGCUUUGAACUCUCAAGACAUCAACGACAACGAGAAUCAGCUGAGCGAAGAUGAGCAGCCCAAGAAAAAGAAGAGACGAAGCUCAGCUGGGGACAUGCCGGUGAAGAAAGGAAGCAAAUCUGUCGGCGCUGCCAUGAUCUCGGAACUGAAGGAACUGCGCCAGUCAGGCAAGGCGGAUGUGGCCUUGCUGAUUGAAGGUCUCACCGGCGGCAAGACGAAAGAAAGAUGCCCGGUUGAAGUCGCCACAGAUGCUUUGCAAGACGACUUCGACGACAUUUUGGAUGGGGAAGAGAUGUCCUUCGCAUAUGAAGUCAUCGAGGAUCCAGCAAAGGCCACUCAAUUCGUCCGUAUGCGGGGUGAGUCCCGAGAAAUCUGGUUGCGACGUCACAUUCGCAUCAAGAUGAGCAAGCACGCCAUUCAUGAAUAA